AUGGAAUCUAAUAUUGAUAAUGAGAAAAUAUCAUCUUUAUCUGAAGACAAUAAAGAUGGAUUAUUACCAGGACUUCAAAUUAAUCCACUAUCAAUAAUGACUUCAAUAACUUCAUUUAAACCUGUUGAUGAUAAUCAAGAAAAUACACUUGAAACAACAUGCAUUCCUAAAUCACCAUCUCAAUCAAAUGAAAAUAUGACAUUACUAUCAGAUAAGUACGAUCAAAUGAAUUUACAAAGUUCAUCAUCAACUAUUCAUAUGGAUGAACACUCAGUUGCUGCUUGGGUUCAAUCGACAACAAAUGAAACAGUAGUAUCACCAAUUGAAAGAUCACCAUCAUUACCACCAACAAUUAUUGAACAAACACUAGCACGUAGUCGACGAAAUUCAACUGUAUCAACUCUAUGUGAUUCACAACAACAACAACAGCAAGCAUCAAUUUUUUCAGAUACAGUGUCAUCAACUAUAUCACAAAAUCUAUCGUUGUUAACUGAUAUUCAACGUAGUUAUUCAUUCCCUACAGUUGAUCAACAUAAUAAUAUUGAUGAAGAGAAUGAAGAUGAUUUUUCACCACAGUUUCUUCCCGUACCUGAUUCCGAAGAUUCAGAAAUUGAUAAAAAAAUAAAACCGGUUCCAGUAUCAGAAAAUUCAUCUAUAUUUAAUAGUCGUUCACCGUUGGAAGAUCAACCAAAAAAAUCACCCAAUGUUUCAUUUCAUACUUCUGUUUCUUUUGAAGCUCGUCGUAAAUUACUGUGUCAUCGACGACAACGACAUAAUUCUUGGAAUUUAAAUAAAAACAAAUCUCUAUUAUAUCAACGAUCUAUAUCACAUAAAAUACCAAUGGUAAAUGUUCAAACACCAAAUAAACAAUUUCUCACUAUUUCUUCAAUGCCAACUGGUAUACAAUCUUUUCCUAGUAAUAAAACAACACAAUCAUCAAGUUUUUCUGAUAAUGUUUUUCUUUCAACAUCAACAACAAAUUCUCCUUCGUCAUCUCGUCGUUUACAAUUAACAAAUACUGCUUCAGGUUGUCCAAAAUUUUUAUCUAUGCCAUCAACUACAUCCAUGAUUUCAUCAGGACGUCAUACAUCACAUAUAUCUGAUGCAUCUGGUCAAAGUGGCAUUGAAUCAUCAAAUUUAAGAACAAGUCCAUCUGAACCACCACAUACAGCUAGUAUAAAUGAAGAAGAAGACGAAGAAGGAAAAGCAGAUAGAAAAAAUUUAUUUUUUUUAAAACAACAACGCACUAGUUCAGUCUCAACGGGAUCUUCAAGAACAGCAAGUACAGAAACUUUACCAACAUCAUCGAGUGAAGAUGAAUUCAAUAAUGUACAUAAAAAACCUGAUGCAUUACAGAAAGUUGGUCAACAUCCUAGAACACCUGCUGAUCAACGAUUAGAUGUAUUGAGAAAAUUAACAUGGUUACUUGAGAAAAGACCAACGAUUCAUCCUCGCUCAAAUCUUGGACGUCGAAAACAAAAUCACGAAACGGGUCGUUCAUUAUUUCGAUCAAAUAAUACUAUCAAUGUCACACCACAUAUUGAAUCUGAUCUAGCAAAUACAUCUAAACCAUCUUCACGACUUUUCUCAAGCUCUAUUGAAAAUUCUAGUCAAGUACAUUCAUUACCAAUCAAUUCUUAUCGUCCACAUUCACCAUUACCUUCUCAAACAUUAACAUCAGUCACCGAUCCUCUAAGUCUAAGUCAUACAUCUGUACGUAGUAUCCAUUCUGAUUCAAGUCUUAAUACUCCACUAAUGAACAGCAAGGCAGCAGGACAAAGUUCAACUACUGGUGGUAUUACAUCACUUUCUUCUUCACUUCAUUUACAACGAAGUACUCCUUCGAAUACUAGUCAAUCACAACGAAGACGAACAACACACAAUCGUCGUAAUCUUAGUGGUUUUGCUGCUGUUCAUCGAGAUCGUAAAAAUUCAAUGACUAAAACUAAUACAAAUAAAAUAGAUGAACAACAAAAUAUAUCUCAAACUACACAACAACAACAACAAACAAUACCACUAGUUCGUGAUAUAAAAUUAAUUCUUAAUGAACAUUUAUCUAUGAUUAAUGAUUUACUUUUAAAACAUUCAUGUAAUGCAAGUAUAGAAUAUCCAACACACAAUUCUUCUAUUCGUGAUUUUCUUUAUACACGUUUAAGUGAAUUAUCAUUAAAAAAUCCAAUGAAACAACGUUGUUCAAGAGUUGAAACAAAAGCUUUUAUUGAUUCUAUAACAACUUAUCAUAUGAAUCGAUCUCAUCAUUAUCGUUUUUUAAUUGAUAGUGUUCGAGAUUUAUUAAAAUCAAAUAUUGAUCCUGUACGUUUAUCAACUUGUUCAAGUGAAACUGAAGAUGAACUAAUACAAAAUAAUAUUUAUAAAACAGAUAAGAAUAGUUCAGAUUCUACAAUAACAUCAUUAUCUCAUUUAAAAUUAACUGAACCAAUAAAUGAUAUAAAAUCUUUUAAAGAUCAUCCAUUACGUUUUUUUCGUAAAUUAUCUAAAGAAUAUAUUCGUGAUUGUGAACAAACAGAAAAAGAUUUAACACAAAAAUUAUUUGAUAUAGCUGAUAAACAACAUAUACUUUAUUGUUUAAAACAUGUUGAUAGUGGUCAUACAAAUGAUUUAUUAGCUAUAUUUCAUAGUCGACUUGAUGCAAUCUUUGUUUGGUAUAAUUUAUAUUAUGAAUUAACAAUAUCUGUAAAAAAAUUAAGUGGUUUAUUACGUUGUGAUGAUUGUGAUGAUUGGCCAAAAUUACAUUUUCGUUCACUUGCAACAGAUCGUGAGCGUAAAGCUAAGCGAGCAGAUGAAAGUGAUAAUUAUUCAACAAGUGAAGAUAGUGAUGAUGAAGAUAAUAAUGAGAUUAAAACAACAGAAGAAAGUGAAAUAGAAAGUGAAUCAGAACAAAUACAUAAUGAAGAUGAUACUGAUAUUAUACCUAAAAUAUGUUGGUCCGAUGAACCACUUGAUCAUUUUACCGAUCUUAAAAUAGCUGAUGAUUCAACUGAAUCGACAAUGAAUUCUACAACACAUAAACUAGAUAGAGAUACUUGCUAUCAAAAUUUUGUUUAUUAUAUGGAUAAACGUUCUUAUCAAGUUAAAUAUGAUGGUUUAGCUAGAACAUUAAUUGAGCGUGUUGCACCUGUUCUAGUUAAAACUCGUCUUGCUUUAUUACAGACAACUGAUCGACGUAGAAUUAAUAUAAAACAAGUACUUGCUGGAUUAUCUUUGUCUGAUUUUUGUCUAUCAGAUAUCAAUACAAAUAAUUCAAAAACUAAUGGUAAUACAGAUGAUAUUGAUGAUAAACUAGUUGAUACUGAUAAUCCAGUUAACGAUGAUAGUACAACAAAUAUAAAUAUAGGUGAAUUAACCAUUGAAAAAUGGUUACAUCAUGUAUUAAAAUCAUGUUCAACAAUAAAAACUAUUUGUUCACAUACGGAUGAUAUAUUAAAACACAAUUGGCUUGAAUUACAUGAACAAUUAGGUUUACCAUCAUUAUUACCGUUAUAUUUUUUUAUAAUUAAUGUUUUACUUGAUGUUAUGAAUGAAUGUUUAACUCUCUAUAUCAAACCAUAUAUAAAUAAUGAUAUUAUUGAAAUAGAUGCACUCUGUCGACAACAACUUGUUCGUGAAGCAAAAUUAGUUUUAAGAGACGCAUUAGCAACACGUUUAUAUAGUGUUCGUAUGAUGGAACAAUUUAUUUCGAAUCGUAAAAUUGCUUAUGAAUUAGCAGAUUUUGAUGAAAAUAUUAUUAAUCUCUAUAUGCAUUACAAGCAAUUUUUAAGUACAGUUUCAAUCAAUCGGUCAUAUGAUAUUCAUGUUGAUAAUCAUCAAAUAGAUGUAAAUGAAAGAGAUAGAGAACUUUAUUAUUAUGUUGAUGAAGAAACAUCAGAAUUAAUUAAAGAAUAUUAUUUUGCACGUGAUCUUACAUUAACAUUAGGCAAUCGAGAUUUAAUUCAUGCAUUAGGAUUUCAAUUCAAUGAUCUUGUUAGAGGCAUAUUAGCACAAUUGAAGGAAGAAUUAUAUGAAACAACAGAAACAUAUUAUCAAGUAUUUGCAGCAGAUACAACUAAUACAUCUAAUAUUAGUGAUGGAACUUAUUCAGUUGAAGCAAUGCAAGAAUGUACAAGACCACCUUACUAUCAUUCAUCAACUAGUGUACCACCUGAUUUUGCUCUAUCUGAAUUAUCAAUUUGUGAUGCAUCAGCUUCAUUUUCAGAACAGAAAAAAUGUGAAAUAAUCUAUAGUACACGUGAAUUUCGUCGAAGUUUUGAUACAAUUAAACAACGAACAAUACGUAUUUGUUCAUUGGCUAAGACUCUUAUCAAUGAUUUUUCAAUUGCAGCAGAAUUCAAAUGUCAUAGUUAUGUUGAUCUUUGGCAUGAACUUCGAAAACAUAAUUAUUCUCAAGUUAAACUUCAUUUAGACACAAGUAAUUCGAAUGAUUUCGAUAGUUUUUAUUUAUUUGUUCCACCAUGGUUAUCAACAGAUAAAAAUCAAGUUGAACAAUUACUUAGUAUUAUUUGUAGUCAACAAUUAUCAACAGAUGAAAUUAAAAAAUCGAAUAGUGAUGUAAAACCAUCAUUUAUGAUAUUUAUACCGAAAAGAAAUUCUCAUUUACAAAAUAAUUCAUGGACAGGUGAUACUGUUCUUAUUCGAGCAAGUGAAAGUACACAAUUAGCAUUAAAUUCAACUGAAUUAACAUGUCUUCAUUUGGUUGUAACACGAUCUGAUCAUUGGCAAAAUGCUAUUGAUUUAUUUCAAUAUCAUAUGGGAUUAAAUAGCAAUAUUCAACUUAUUAAAAGAUUAGCUCGUGAUGAAGAUAUUCGUUUAACAUUCGAUCAAUUACCUGAAUAUAUUGAUAAAUUGAGUAAUCAAUUAACACAUCUUGUUCGAAUAUUCAAUACGAUAUGGGAUCAAGAUUCAAUAAAAAUCUUUCUUACAGAAAUAGUUAAAUUUGAUGAACGACAAUUACGUACAAUAGAAUCAAAAUUACUUGAUCUUGUAUUAUAUGUAUAUAAUUCUGGAUUUGAAUUAUUUCGUCUUCUAUAUGAACUUUUACCAUCAAUAUCAAUAAAUGAUGAUAAAAUUUUAAAAAAAUUUGUUAGUACAAUGAAUGAAUUCUUUUGUGAAUGGUGUAAAUGUGUUACAAAAAAAUUUAAAUAUACAUCAAUUCAACAAGCUCGAACAGCAAAAUAUAAAGUUCUUAGGCCAAGAUGGUUUUCACCAGGAAUGAUAUUUCUUGGUUUUUUAGCUAGAUCUCCUCAUUUACAAUUAUUAACUGAAGAUGACUAUAAAAAAUUAAUGACUGAAAUGCCAGUUGCAUUGAAAGCUUUACGUGGAAAUACAUUAGAUAAUCGAGAUGUAUUAACAAUCAAAGCACGUUCAAAUAGUGUUUCAUCAACAGUUUCUACUCGACAACGUAAUCGAUCUAGUACAAGUGGACAUCGACGUAUGGAUAGUGGUGGUGGUUUUAAUGAUCUAUUACCAUUAUUAUCUACAAAUCCUGUUGAACGUAUUCAAAAAAGUAUAGAAAAUCGUGAAAAUGAAAUAGAACAGAAACUUCGCGAGAGAAAACAAAUUGGUCGAAUAUAUAAUAAUAAUAAUAGUACAACAACAACAAGUGGUUCUACAUUAGAUCCUGUUAUAUCAUUAAAAACACGUAAUAUUGCUUUUCCUUGGCGUCGUGGUACACGCAUUGGACAAGGUGGUGCAGGAGUAGCAUUUCGUGCAAUUAAUAGUUCAAAUGGUUCAAUUGUAUGUAUGAAAGAAAUUCAAUUAUCAUCAAUUGCAUCGCGUUCAUUACCAAGUACAUAUCCUGAGAAAUUACGACGUAUAGCAGAAGAAAUAGACAUGAUUAUGUCAAUAAAUCAUCCAAAUAUCGUACGAUAUUUUGGUAUUGAAAAAUAUAAGCGAACAAUUUAUAUUUGUAUGGAAUAUUGUCUAUCAACAGUAAAUGAAUUUUUAAAUGAUAUUCGAGCAUUUCAAAAACGUGCAGAUAGUAGAAAAUCGAAUAGUGGAAUAUGGACAGAUUCAAGUGAUCAAGAUGAUGAAAUUAAUACAGAUAAUGUUCGUUUAGCACCAUCCUUAAAUGUUUAUGAACUUGUUCGAGGCUUUGUUAAACAACUUUUACAAGCUUUAUUAGCUUUACAUGAACAUUGUAUUGUUCAUUGUGAUGUUAAAGGUGAUAAUAUUUUUAUUGCUAAUGAAAAUGGACAUUAUAUUGUGAAAUUAGGUGAUUUCAAUUUAUCUCAUCGAUUAGAAUUAGAAUCUCCUUCAGCAGAUACUACUGAUUCACGAAGUACACAAUUUGGCACUUUAUAUUUUAAACCACCUGAACCAGAAUAUGUAUAUCAAUCUGAUAUUUGGGCACUUGGCUGUACUAUUAUAGAAAUGCUUACUGGCAAACAUCCUUGGGCGAACGUUGCACGACCACAUGAAGAACGUAUAUAUAUUCAAAACCAAUUAUUAGCCAAAAAAGGUCCACCUAUACCUGAUGAGUUAAGAGAUCAACAUGAAGCAUAUGAUUUUAUUCAGUUAUGUUUAACACCCGAUGUAAAUGAGCGUCCAUUAGCUAAAGCAUUACUUGACCAUCCAUAUCCUCGUGUUCGAACAGGUAAAGUUUUGAUUUAA